AUGUUCCCAGUCCCCCUUAUCGGAACCAGUAGAUCGGCAAAUCAAUCAUUCGAGUUUCUACAGCAUCAUGUAGUCCUCAGACAGCAGCCCAGACGAGCAAAGAUGAGCAUUUCAAAUGAGCGUGAACGCCGUCCUAUUGAACCAGCCCCCAUAUUACAGCUGCAAUGGCCCAAAAUCAAUCUACAGAGUCCAUUCUACUUUAUGAUCGUCAGUCUUAUCAAUGCAACUGAUCCCACAAAUUCUCUUUUACCAAGUCAUGAUUAUUUUUCGGGGUCAACUGUCUCGUCUCUUCAUCAACUAAAGGAUGUUGAUAAUACAAGUACAACUUCAUCUGGAGGCUUCUUCGUGUUUGGUGAUUUAGCUGUCAAGCAAGAGGGCCGUUACAAGCUACAAUUCAACCUAUUUGAGAUAGUAAACAACAAGGCUUUAAGUCGUUUUAUCACUGUCUCAGAUGUUUUUACCGUCUAUAGUGCGAGGUCCUUUGGGAGUCCUGAAAGGUCCACAUUUUUAUCCCGUAUAUUUUCUGAUCAGGGCAUCAAGUUGCGUAUUUACAAGGAGCGUAGAUUAAAAACUGUAUCCAAGCAAAAACUAGAUUAUUUCAGAGAAACACAGAUAGAUAAAUUGAAACUGGUGAGCCAAUGGUCUCGAGCAACUCGAGACACCUUUGAUCGUUAUAGUAAUAUUUCAAACGACGUAUACUUUGGACGAUGGCAAUCUGUCCUGCUAAAUCCCGCCAAGUCCUCUAGAUCAAACACUUGGAGUACAAAGAGAUCUAAAGAGUGCUCAAUUACCGAAAACAAUUCGGCGGACAGGGCUCCUAAAACAAACAUUACAAUGCAUUCUAUUGUUUUACCACCUCAGCCAACGGAAGUUUCAUUGAUGAGCACCCCACAAUUCAGCAUCUCACCCACAGAAACAUGUUCAUCUUUGGAACAGCCAAAGGAUUGUUUUCAGCCGUACAUAUCACCUAUGUUACUUAAUACGGCCGAUACCCAAACCCCAGACCAAUACCUCCCAUCUCUCCAACAUAUUUUGGAAAAACCUUACAUGUCAUCCUCACUCGUCCUUCCAGCUCCUUUUUCCGCAAAUCCACUUCCACUUGCUCAUUGUUUUGGAUUUGUGGAAAACUUCUCUCGGUGA